GCGGGAUGGAGCCGGCGGAACUCGAGGCCACGCUGCGGCUGCUGGCCGGGCUGCUGGUGCCGUGCGUGGCGCUGCUCGGCCUCCUCGCCGGCCUGCUCUUGCUGCGCCCGCCCCCCAGGCCCCCCAGCACCGUGCCCGCCUGGGGCCCCCCCGCCCUGCGGCGGCCCUGCGCGGCUCCCGACCCUCCCUCCGCCGCCGCCGCCUCCUCCACCUGCCCCUGGGAAGAGCGGCCCCCGCGGGCGCCGCCCAACUCGCCCGCCGGCUCCUGGGCGAGUGCGGGCAGCCCGGAGGGCGCGUUGUGCUGGCAGCACUCUGGGGCGCAGAGGCAGCUUCCGAGCCGCAGGCCCGCGUUCUCCCCUUGCUCGCACCCAGCGCCUUUCGAGUGUGGCAGCAGCGUCCGGCGUGGGGGCCAGAAGCGGAGCCUGCUCAGCUCAGCCAACUUCACGGCCUCGCAGGGGCCUGGCUUGGACUCGGACUUCGGGGCCAGUGCUGGCAUCUCCCUGCGGAUCCUGUCCUCUGACAGUGAAGAGAGCCCCCCCGCCCCCCCGCCGCAUCCCCAGCAGUCGGGGCGCUUUGAGUGGGACUACUACGACCCCAGCUACAAGCAGAGCAGGCAGCUCCAGCGCCACCUGCCGUGCGCCUGCAGCAAGCAGUACUGGCUCUAGCCCGGCAUCUCUGACCAGCCUCUCCGUUGGGGAUUUCUGACCUGUCUGGCUGCUGCAAGCAGGUCCCUGGAACUGCUGGGUGUCUGCACUUUGGACUGAGGCUGCACACUCCGCCCAGCGCACUGGAUCCAUGCACAAGACUCAGGUUGAAUUCACAAGGACGGCUGCGCACGCACCCUCACGCACCAGCAAGCCAACACGGAGGUGAACUGGCAGGGGAAGUUGGUCCUGCAGUUACUCAAAGAGCUGCUUGACUAGGAAAUGCCUCCCUGAAGGAAGAGAAGGGGACGCUCCCACAGCCCCACGUGGGCACCGCACACAGCUUCGCACACAACAACCCCCCUUUCCUGCACAACUAUGGUGGAGGGAAAAGAAUUGCGGCAGCAAGAAUUGCCCCAGUGAAUGCUGCUCCUCUUCAUCUCCAUUAAAGAUUGUGGUAUUUUUA